GCUGCUGCGGCGAGGCCGGGCGAGCGGUCUGGAGACGGCGAGCUCGGAUUGGGGACGCUGGUGGGUCUGAGCCAGGUCAGAGGCGCGUUGGAGUCGUGCGUGCUGGAGGCCGCCGCUGCAGCCCGGGCUCGGGAGAGGAAGGAAGCCGGCCAGCGGGGGAGGUGAAGCUCGCGUGUGGAGUGCAGCGGUAAAAUCAGACGACAGAUGGACAGUGGGACGGGAGUGUCAGAAAGGAUUGGGCCUCGCUGUGAGAGUCAUCCUGGAGUCAAAGUGUUGACAAGUUGCUGAAAAGGAAGUCAGUGGGAGAACUGCAGCCUGCAGAGGAAGUGGAGCCCUGUCUUCGGUCACACCAUUGAUGGAGGACAGAUGGACAGCCAAUGGCCAGUUACCUCUCUUCUUAAACCUUUGGAGAGUUGUCCUUUGUCCUUUGCUGGACACAUAUUAGGAAUCUUAACACACUCUCUGAGUUCACUUUCCAUAGAAACGUAAAAUUGUAACCAGAGUCGUCUGUCGCAUGGUCACAGAUUUGCAAACAUGAGUGCCGAGGGGUACCAGUACAGGGCUCUCUAUGAUUAUAAAAAGGAGCGAGAAGAAGAUAUUGACUUGCACUUGGGUGACAUAUUGACUGUGAAUAAAGGGUCCUUAGUAGCUCUUGGAUUCAGCGAUGGACAGGAAGCCAGGCCUGAAGAAAUUGGCUGGUUAAAUGGCUAUAAUGAAACCACAGGGGAGAGAGGGGACUUUCCAGGAACUUAUGUAGAAUAUAUUGGAAGGAAAAAAAUCUCACCUCCCACCCCGAAGCCCCGGCCACCUCGACCCCUUCCUGUUGCACCAGGUUCUUCGAAAACCGAAGCAGAAAGUGAGCAACAAGAACGCCUCCAAAAGGUGCGGCUGUGUGCUGGUUUCAUCUUGCACUUUGUAGCGGUGUUGGCACCGUGUAAUGCAAGGAAUGCCACUGUCUCCCACACACCAUUGGUGCCCAAGGACUGUUCAGCUUUGACUCUUCCGGAUCUUGCAGAACAGUUUGCCCCUCCUGACAUCGCUCCGCCUCUUCUUAUCAAACUAGUAGAAGCCAUUGAAAAGAAAGGUCUGGAAUGUUCAACUCUAUACAGAACACAGAGCUCCAGCAACCCAGCAGAAUUACGACAGCUUCUUGACUGUGAUGCCGCCCCUGUGGACUUGGAAACAGUUGAUGUUCAAGUUUUAGCAGACGCUUUCAAACGCUAUCUCUUGGACCUACCAAAUCCUGUCAUUCCAGCAGCUGUUUACAAUGAAAUGAUUUCGUUAGCCCAAGAAGUACAAAGCUCUGAAGAGUACAUCCAGCUGCUGAAGAAGCUCGUUAGGUCACCUAACGUACCUCAUCAAUAUUGGCUUACGCUUCAGUACUUGCUCAAACAUUUCUUCAAGCUCUCCCAAAGCUGCAGCAAAAAUCUUCUGACUGCCAGAGUGCUCUCUGAACUCUUCAGCCCUCUGCUUUUCAGGUUCCCAGCAGCCAGCUCUGACAAUACUGAACACCUCAUAAAAGUCAUAGAAAUUUUAAUCUCAACGGAAUGGAACGAACGACAGCCUGCACCAGCACUGCCUCCUAAACCACCGAAACCCACUACUGUAGCCAACAACGGUAUGAAUAACAAUAUGUCCUUACAAGAUGCUGAAUGGUACUGGGGAGAUAUCUCGAGGGAAGAAGUAAAUGAAAAACUUCGAGACACAGCUGAUGGGACCUUUUUGGUACGAGACGCAUCUACUAAAAUGCACGGUGAUUAUACUCUUACACUAAGGAAAGGAGGAAAUAACAAAUUAAUCAAAAUAUUUCACCGAGAUGGGAAAUAUGGCUUCUCGGACCCAUUAACCUUCAACUCUGUGGUUGAAUUAAUAAACCACUACCGGAAUGAAUCUCUAGCUCAGUACAAUCCCAAGCUGGAUGUGAAAUUACUUUAUCCAGUAUCCAAAUACCAGCAGGAUCAGGUUGUCAAAGAGGAUAAUAUUGAAGCUGUAGGGAAAAAAUUACAUGAAUAUAACACUCAAUUUCAAGAAAAAAGUCGGGAAUAUGAUAGAUUAUAUGAGGAUUAUACCCGUACUUCCCAGGAAAUCCAAAUGAAAAGAACAGCUAUUGAAGCAUUUAAUGAAACCAUAAAAAUAUUUGAAGAACAGUGCCAAACCCAGGAGCGCUACAGCAAAGAGUAUAUCGAAAAGUUUAAACGUGAAGGCAAUGAGAAAGAAAUACAAAGGAUUAUGCAUAAUUAUGAAAAGUUAAAGUCUCGAAUCAGUGAAAUUGUGGACAGCAGGAGAAGGCUGGAGGAAGACCUGAAGAAGCAGGCGGCCGAGUAUCGGGAGAUCGACAAGCGCAUGAACAGCAUUAAACCCGACCUCAUCCAGCUGAGGAAGACGAGAGACCAGUACUUGAUGUGGUUGACCCAGAAAGGUGUUCGGCAGAAGAAGUUAAACGAGUGGCUGGGCAAUGAAAAUACUGAAGACCAAUACUCGCUGGUGGAAGACGACGAGGACUUGCCCCACCACGACGAGAAGACAUGGAACGUCGGGAGCAGCAACCGGAACAAGGCCGAGAACCUGCUGCGGGGGAAGCGGGACGGCACUUUCCUGGUCCGGGAAAGCAGCAAACCCGGCUGCUACGCCUGCUCUGUGGUGGUGGACGGCGAGGUAAAGCAUUGUGUCAUAAACAAAACGGCGACCGGCUACGGCUUCGCCGAGCCCUAUAACUUGUACAGCUCCCUGAAAGAACUGGUGCUACAUUACCAACACACCUCCCUCGUGCAGCACAACGACUCCCUCAACGUCACGCUAGCCUACCCCGUGUAUGCACAGCAGAGGCGAUGAAGGGGCCCUGGUCCUCCUGAAGUUCAACCACCCUGAGGCCUCUGGAAAGCACAGGGCUCCCCUCCGGCCUGCCCUGUGAAUUGAGCUGCGGAAAUCCAGCCGUCUGUCUUCAGAUGGGACUCGCGCUUUCGACAAAAAAGCGGUGGGAAGACAUGCAGCCCAGCACUGUGCGAUGACCAGACGUUGCUAACCUGGAGUGCUUAUCCUUCCUUUCCUUUGUUUUUUUUUUUAUUUUUUUAUUUUUUAUUUUUUGGUUUAAUUUAAAGCCACCACAACACACAACACAAAGAGAAAAAUAAAUGCAAAAAUCUCUGCGUGCAGGGACAAAGAGGCCUUUAACCAUGGUGCUCGUUCAUGCUUUCUGAAGCUUUACCAGCUCACGUUGGGACCUUGUAGACCAGAGGAUGGACGGGGCUGCGGAGCCCUGGCUUGGGAAUGCUCGGUCCAGCCUGGUUGAGCCUGGUGUUGCUGUGCACGGUGGACCCAGACACUUCGCACUGUGGAUUAUCUUACUUUCUAACGAAUGAUAUGUAGCAGAAAGGCACUUCCGCCCACAAGGGACGUUUUGGGAGAACGUCAGCUCGUGUACGUUCAGAGGAACUUCUGUUGGAGCCAAGUGCCAGGAAGUGUUUUGUUUAAAAACUUUUCAACGAAAAGCAAAACCCACCAAUGGAAAAAAUGGAACUUGGAAAACAGGACUUAAAAUGACAUUCAGUAUAUAAAAUAUGUACAUAAUAUUGGAUGACUAACUAUCAAAUAGAUGGAUUUGUAUCAAUACCAAAUAGCUUCUGUUUUGUUUUGCUGAAGGCUAAAUUCACAGCGCUAUGCAAUUCUUAAUUUUCAUUAAGUUGUUAUCUCAGUUUUAAAUAAGCUUCCCGUGCCCCCAUUUUUGUUCUUGAAAAUACUUUUGUCCCUGAUUUUUUGUGUUAAUAUUCAUUUUGUUUAUAAACUUUUACUUUUUUAAAAAAAAAGAAGAAAUGUACAGGAUGCCAGUUUGAAAAAAAAAAGGCUUCAGAAUUAAAACUAUGAAAUAUUUUACAGUUUUUUCUUGUACAGAGUACUUGGCUAUUAGCCCAAGGUUAAAAAGUUCGUAACAGAUUUUUUUGGACUAAAUGUUUUGUUGGGCAGGGCCUGAUAAGCUUCAAAGCUGCUUUAUUCAAUAAAAAAAGAGAAAGAUAUAUGAAUAUGACAAAGUAUCUCUGAGUUCAACAAUGUUGUUUCAAGACUCUUAAAAUACGGUACCUGGCAAUGUUUGUUUCAUAAAGAAUUGUGAACUUCUUGAAUCUGGGG